CUUACUUUACACGCCCUGUGAUGAAAGGAUCAGGUGUCUGACCUCAAAGAGAUGUGCAGUGUUUUGAAGAAGGAGAAAGCUGAAGUGGAGAAGAGACUCAGCCAUAUUCGUGGGUCUGGCCGCAGCGGGAAAACCGUUCCUGAGCUGGAGAAGACCAUCGCACUGAUGAAGAAGGUUGUGGAGAAGGUUCAAAAAGAGAAUGAGAGCUUAAAGAAGACAUCAGAGGCCAAUGUGCAGGAGCAGCUUGCUAGACUAGAACGAGACCAUGAGAAACUGAAGGUACAUUUUGUGAACCUGUUGGAGGAUAUACUACCAUUCACAAGUUUGGGCUCA